GGAAGUAUCCUGUGGUGGUUUUUCCCCAAGCGGCGGAAGUGGGGGGGGAGGCGGAUUUGGAAUGGCUGCCGCCGCCGCCGCCACCGCUGUCCCGCCUGAGGAGGACUCGGAGGCCAGGCGACAAGGCCCCAAGCAGGAUCCUGCUGUUGAAACAGCAGAAGAAGCAACAGAACCAGCCGAGGCAGAUAUCAAUGAACUUUGCAAGGAUAUGUUCAACAAAAUGGCCAUUUACCUAACAGGUGAACUGACAGCCACUAGUGAAGAUUACAAACUCCUGGAAAACAUGAACAAACUGACUAGUUUGAAGUACCUUGAAAUGAAAGAUAUUGCAAUAAACAUAAGUCGAAACCUGAAAGACUUGAAUCAGAAAUAUGCUGGACUUCAGCCGUACCUGGAGCAAAUCAAUCUGAUUGAAGAGCAGGUGGCAGCUUUGGAACAGGCCGCAUACAAGCUGGAUGCAUAUUCAAAGAAACUUGAAGCAAAGUACAAAAAACUGGAGAAACGGUGAAAGAAGUGCAUUGCAUAUCAGGACUUUUCUUCGAGAAUACAUGGCUUUCUCCUCUGAAGAAAACUGAACUUUACAAAACUUGUACUACAAAACUACCAUUGGAGAGAGUCAUGUGGGCACUCUUAGGAACAGUGGUGCCCCCCUUUUGUUUGAGGCAGAGACAUCUUUCCCUUCUCGUAGAAUCUGUUACUUUUUACUAUUCUUGUCACUCGUUUUACAGAAGACUUACCAGUAGAAGCUACUGUUAAUGGCUUCAGCCAGGGGCCCCGCAGUAACUUAACUGGGCAGUUCUGUACCUCCUUCCCUAUUGAGCAAGACCGCAGUCCCUUCUGUGCUCUGAAAAUUGCUUCAUUUGUGAACAUGGAAGCUUCCAGGGUGUCGUGUUGGCAGGUGACAAGGUAUGGCCUUGCAGCAAAGCAAGUUCUCUCGCCGUGCUUUUUUGAGAAAUAAACACGUGGAAAUUAAGGUGGCCCUUUUCUUCCUCUUCCGGGGGGGGGGGGCAGAAUUAUCUUCCGCUUCAUCCAGUGUGGUAUGAGGGCUGACUCUCAGAAUUACCCAUGCGGCUCAUCCAGACUGCUGUUUCUUUGGAGCCUGUGCAUGGAGAGAACUGGCUGUAGCUUGAGUCUGCCGGACUCAGCAAUUUUUGGACAUGGAGUGAAGACAACUGGGACAGGAGCAAGUUGCAAUCUGUAGCUUCCGCAUGUGUGUACCAGCUUGAUACAGAAGUGGAGAGUAUGUUACGAAGAACCAGAUGGGGCAAUGGGUCAGUAGGGGUCAUGUGAUCAAGAGAGGUGAGAGCGAUGACAUGAAUUAAUUAAAUUAACACUAAGCUUUCGUUGUGCCAAGGCUGUAUAUGUCUAGAAUUUUGUGUUUGAAUUCUACAUUGGUACGCUCAACAUAAUUCUGAGUUUAGAAGAACUGUAGAUUUUGUCAGCACACAUCGAGACUUGUAUCCUAGCAUGAUUUCUCAGGUCUGGAUAGCAUCUAGGAAUAUGAGCCCCUCUCCCUGUUCACAGUCCCAUGCUUGCUUUGGGAAAUUGGUGCAGUUUUUUUUUUCCUAAUUGUGUUUUGUAGCUUCCUCUGUGGUUGCCACAGCUAUGUUUAUUGGCAGAUGUGGCACUGCGGCAUCAAUGAAUGCUAAUUAUAUAGGAAUGCACUGGCAAAGACCUUCCCUAGAAUCUCAAUUGCCAGUUCUUCUACAAAGGCUGGAGUCUAGAAGUCUAACUCCCGGUCAUUCCCCUAUCCUAUCAGCAGCACUGCCUCCUACAGUUCCUUGGAUGAGUCUCAAUUAUGGCACUUGUCUCUCCUGAGAAUAUGCCGAGCCUGUGCAACAAAUAUUUUGGGGAAGAAACACAGUCGAUGACUAUCUGGUUUGAUAGGGCCUCUUACCAUGAAGAGGCAGCUAUACAUAAUUACUCAUAAGUAGCCUCAUUACCUUAAUGAGGGCUGUGAGGGUUUUUCCAGCUGGUCUACAAUUUUCCAGUGGUUAAAGAUUUCUAUCUGCAACAUACAGCUAAAAAAUACUGGGACUCUCUGCUGCUAAGCUCCUGCAUUAAGAAUCUCAACACUUUAUGGGAGUGGACGGCUCCUAAGAACAGUGGGGGGGGAGGAUUUGCUGCCUCGAAUAGUUUCCAACCCAGUUAGCAUAAAGCAAUUUCCUGUUUUCCUAAAUGAUUGAUCCACCUGGCUCUGCAAUGCUGACCUUCCGUGGCAUGAGCUCUCUAUUGUUUCAGACAGGAUUCACCCACCUACUCACAAGGUACCAGGAAUUGAAUGCAAAUGAAAGGUUCUUACUACUUCAUGCCAGUCUGCCUCAGGGUAUAGCAUCCGACUUCUCCAAAAAAAAUUUGUAUUAAUUUUGCUCAACAACAAUUCGGUAUAAUUCUGGUGACACAAUAAUUUCCCGUAGUAAGUGAAAUAAUGCACAAGGAUCUUUAAUUUUUAAACAGCUAUUUCUAUAAAAAGCCAAAGCUUGAUAUUUCCAGUAUUACAAUCAUUGUUCCACAAGAUACAAAAAGGUUAAAUGGAGGAACACUCCCAGAAAUGGUUUUUUUUAAAAAAAAAAAAUCCUGAUUUUUAAAUGGUGGUGACUCAGAUGUGCACUGGUGAAUUUCAGCUUAGCCCCUUAGCAAUACAUACUGAAUAGUGAUGUGAUCCAGACUGAGCUUUCCUUUGAAGUGUACUUCCAAUUCACCCCCAAUUCUUAUAGACCUUUUUUAUACCCACCCAGGGCUUUCUGGAUGGCUUUCUGAUAUAGGAGCCCCACAGAAUUUCAGCUUUGUGACUUAUUUGUAUCGACAACCUAUGUUGAUGAUAUGGGUGGUAAUGUUCGUCACUAGCUAGGAGCACUUGUAGAAAUACCGUAAUUCAAUUUGCCUUGCUCUGUGGUAGCCUGUUACUACUACGAGGUAACAUUUGUGGGUCACAGAGAUUGUUGACAAAGUGCCCGUGAUUCAGACUUUCCUCGCAAUCAGGGUGUCGAUGUUUUAUCUGUGCACCGAGUUUCAGCUUAACAACCAUUUCCCGAAUUCAAAUACCUGCCUUUUUAUCCCUUGGAGGUUAAUCUCAACUUUUUUCAGGGAGUGAAGAUUCAGUUAGAAGAAAUGGUGCAAUCGGAAAACAGUAAUCCUUCUCCUUCGAGCACCAUUCCAAACUGCUGUGGCUGCUAUAAAGCAGAGUAAAAGAUGUUGGAAUCUUAGCGUGAAUGUGCAGUCUGUAUAGGCGAGAACACGUCUUGUGGCCUCUGGAGGAAUGGCGAACCUCGAAUGCAGAACUCGGAUCAAGAAAGGUUGUGCUACCAUUGCUGAAACACCCCAGCCACUGGUGAAAUGGGAUUCUCUGCUUGUAAGUAAGCCUCUGCGCUGUUGAGCUCUUGCUUGUAACCU